AUGGCGGCCUCCAUGUGCGACGUGUUCUCCUUCUGCGUGGGUGUGUCGGGUCGGGCUCCGGUCGCCGUGGAAGUCCGAUUCGUAAGCAGCGCUAAGGGAAAGGGCCUAUUUGCCACACAGCUGAUCCGGAAAGGGGAGACCAUCUUUGUAGAACAGCCCCUGGUGGCUGCACAGUUUCUCUGGAAUGCACUUUAUCGCUACCGAGCCUGUGACCACUGCCUUCGGGCACUGGAGAAGGCAGAGGAGAAUGCCCAGAGGCUGACUGGGAAACCGGGCCAGGUUCUGCCUCACCCUGAGCUGUGUGCCGUGCGCAAGGACCUCCACCAGCACUGUCCCCACUGCCAGGUGAUGUACUGCAGUGCGGAGUGUCGGCUGGCGGCCGCCGAGCAGUACCAUCAGGUCCUGUGCCCAGGGCCCUCCCAGGACGACCCCCUGCAUCCUCUCAAUAAGCUACAGGAGGCCUGGAGGAGUGUUCACUACCCCCCCGAGACUGCAAGCAUCAUGUUGAUGGCACGGAUGGUGGCCACAGUGAAGCAGGCUAAGGAUAAAGAUCGUUGGAUCAGGCUCUUUUCCCAGUUCUGUAAUAAAACAGCCAAUGAGGAGGAGGAGAUUGUCCACAAACUCCUGGGGGACAAAUUCAAGGGCCAGCUGGAACUUCUACGGAGACUCUUCACAGAGGCCCUUUAUGAGGAGGCGCUCAGCCAGUGGUUCACACCAGAUGGAUUCCGGUCUCUCUUUGCUCUUGUUGGGACCAAUGGCCAAGGAAUUGGGACCAGCUCCCUGAGCCAGUGGGUCCAUGCCUGUGACGCUCUGGAGUUGAAGCCUCAGGACCGAGAGCAGCUGGACGCCUUCAUUGACCAGCUGUACAAGGACAUCGAGGCAGCAACUGGAGAGUUUCUUAACUGUGAAGGAUCUGGCCUCUUUGUGCUUCAGAGCUGCUGUAACCACAGCUGUGUCCCCAAUGCAGAGACCUCCUUCCCAGAAAACAACUUCCUUUUGCAUGUCACGGCCUUGGAGGAUAUCAAGCCAGGAGAGGAAAUCUGUAUCAGCUACUUAGACUGCUGUCAGCGGGAGCGCAGCCGCCACAGCCGCCACAAGAUCCUCAGGGAGAACUAUCUGUUUGUCUGUUCCUGCCCCAAAUGCCUGGCAGAGGCUGAUGAACCCAACGUGACCUCGGAGGAGGAGGAGGAUGAAGAGGAGGAAGGAGAGCCAGAGGAUGCAGAGCUGGGGGAUGAGAUGACCGAUGUGUGA